AUGGCUUCCUCAUCCGAAGAUGAAGAGUACCAGUCAAACAUAGCACUUCCAAAAGUCGAUCUUUCUAACUAUAGAAAGAGUCAAGAGAGAGGAUCUCGGAAUAAUUUGGCCAAAGCAGCCGGAAAAAAGUUUAAACCGGGCACCAAGUCGGUACGGUUUCCUGAUCUGUACCAGCCUCGGCAGAGUGUUCUCAGCAAUACAUCAUCAACCACAAACAACUCCUCGGAUGAUAACAUAUCCGAGUCAGAAAUCGACCACAAUUUGCCCAGCUUUCACAUGGGCUCCGGGUCCCACCAGACUCAUCAUCAUCAUGACGCGGCCUCUGCCUCGGGCGAAGAGGUCUCCGAGGACGAACAUCUACAAAACUACGACACAGACUCGUCCUCGUCUUCUGAAGACACAGGUGCUGCACCCCGGCAAUUUGAGCCAGAUCAAGCUCCUCUACCAGAUUCGACCGACAUCACCGACUUGCGGCGGCAAUCAGUAUCGUCACAGCCCUCGUCCUCGAGGAGCUCGUCGUCGAAAAAGGGAACAUUUCGGCUGAUUUUGAGGAAAAUGUCCUUGGCCGACAGAGACGAAGGCAUUGAAGUGCCGCGAUUACAAGACCACGAGCUGUCUGGAGAGUCAUUCCUUGGUCGUGUUCUUCAGUUUUCAAACCCACACGGAGGAUUGGGCGGCGGAGGCUUGGUUCCUGGCGCUUCUCACCAUACUCGUGAACGCACAAUUGACGAGGAAGAAUCUGUUGGUGGUGGACAUCCCGCUUCUGAGGAGAUAGAAAUGCGUCCCUUGGAUUACGAUAUGCUCAACGAAGAGGCAAAAAAGCUCAUAUCCACCCAUGUUCCUGGUAUAGGUAGCAAUCUUCAUAGCGAAGCUACCUCCGAAGUCGCAUCGCCAAAUGAUUCCGUGAACAAUUCCACUGCACACCUUCUAGACCCAUCUGAUAAUAUGGGAGAGGGCAGCUCGAGCCAGGGAUUACGUGCUCCAAAUCCCGACCUUCUUGUUCGAAACAAUGUGGACCGCCUUCAUCAAGAUGAUGACUAUAUGAUGCUAGACAAUGAUCUGGAUGGAGGAUACGUGCCACCGCCAGCCCAAGUACAUGCUGGUGUGCUUUCAUCUUUGCUUAAGCUUUAUCAGAACCCGGACGCUUCGAAGUCUCUGGGAAGUGUACCAUUUAGCGCUUUGAGAGACGAGGAUAAUGACGACUUGUAUGAACAUGUGAACCAUAGCACAGUGGAUUUCACCAAAUUCAAGUCUGGAUUCAAGAAAGGGCAAAAGAGAGUCACUGACAAAUUGCACAUUACCAAAAAGAACGAUGGUAGCAGAAGACAUAGUCGUGCUGAUAGUUCCACAGAUGACAUUGACGAUGAGAAGAAUGACGGUGACGAUGAAGAAAAAGACGCUGCAAACCUUCCAUCGUUCUCCAAAGCUCGUCCUAAACUCCCCAAAAAAGAAGGCCCAGCCACUAAUGUGCCAAAGAAGAUUGGGAAAAAAAUUAAGUCUCAUGGAAAGUCCAAAUCAGAACAACGUCUCCGUAUUACCGUGCACAUUGCUGAUAUUCUACAGAGACAGCGCUUCAUUUUGCGUAUGUGUAAGGCACUCAUGCUUUAUGGUGCUCCAACACAUCGUCUUGAAGAGUAUAUGAUCAUGACCAGCAGAGUGUUGGAAAUUGAUGGCCAGUUUGUAUACUUUCCGGGAACAAUGAUAGUGGCUUUUGGUGAUGCUGCGACGAGAACUUCCGAGGUUCACCUAGUUCGUUGCGCCCAAGGUGUGAAUUUGUCGAAGCUCUCUGAAACCCACCAUAUGUACAAAGGAGUAAUUCACGAUUUGGUUGGUGUUGAAGAAGCCUCCUUGAAAUUGGAAGAGCUUCUAGCACGGAAAAACUUAUAUCCUCCUUGGCUUUGUGUCUUCUUCUAUGCACUUGGUUCGUCCAUGGUUACCCCAUUCGCUUUUAGUGGAGGGUGGUAUGAUAUACCAAUUUCAUUUGGAGUUGGACUUUGCGUUGGUUACUUGCAGUUUUUUGUUUCAUCCAUGUCUAACCUUUACUCGUCGGUGUUUGAAGUCACCGCUUCUAUCGUGGUUUCUUUCAUUGCUCGUGCCAUCGGUUCCAUUAAUGGCGGUAACACAUUCUGCUUUUCCGCUAUCGCUCAAGGUUCACUAGCGUUGAUUCUCCCAGGAUAUAUCAUCUUGUGUGGGUCCCUUGAGUUGCAAUCCAGAAACAUCGUGGCAGGUUCUGUGCGUAUGUUUUACGCCAUUAUCUAUUCGAUCUUUCUUGGGUUUGGUAUAACGUUGGGUGCGGCCCUUUUCGGAUGGGUAUAUAAGGGAGCUACCUCCGCUACUACUUGCUCAGCCGACCACACCAUUGACCCCAAGUUCAGAAUCUUGUUCGUUCCGAUGUUUUCGCUCUGUUUGGGACUCAUAAAUCAAGCCAAAUUUUCGCAACUUCCAAUCAUGAUUGCAAUUGCUUCGACAGGUUACGUGGGCAAUUAUUUCGCAGGACUCCACUUCAAGCAGGUUACCGAAUUCACAGCUUCAAUUGGUGCCUUCAUAGUGGGUAUCUUGGGCAACUUGUAUUCAAGACUAGGAAAAGGAUUGGCAGUUGCAGCCAUGUUGCCAGCGAUUUUUGUUCAGGUUCCGUCGGGUAUUGCUAGUCAAAGCUCUUUGCUUUCGGGUGUGGAGUCGGCAGACAAAAUCACAAACGGUACAGGCAAGGCCGAAAGCACUAAUGAUACACUCAGUUUUGGUUCCACAAUGGUUCAGGUUUCCAUUGGUAUUAGUGUCGGACUUUUUGCAGCCGCAUUAGUUGUUUAUCCUUUUGGAAAGAAAAAGACUGGUCUUUUCACUUUAUAG